UAGAAAGCUCGACGACUUCAGUUCAUUCUCCGGCCUUGCCUCAAAGAAAUCCGCAACCUCCUUCCGGCGAUGGAGGACGAGAACACGGGCCCGUUUCGCCGGACGUCAAGCCGGACGAGGAAGGUCGCGAGCAAGAUGGUUGCGGCCCUCACCAGCGCCGACAACCGGACUCAGGCUGUGCUUGCUCGCUUGGAGGCACUGGAGAGUGACAAUGCCGGCGCGGAGGUCGUCGAGGCCAAUGACGAUGAUGAUGCUUCGCUCGAUGAGGAUGAUCAGGUGUACAUACAAAAGAAAUUGUCAAAGAGCACAAAGCGCAAAACCAGGCAGGCAAAAGCUCUGGAGAAUGCAAAGAAGGCUCCCAGAACAUUCAUGGAGCUGAUACAUGAUUCAAAUCUAGAAUCCUUGCCUCCUCACGUGCCGACCUAUUUGAGAGCGGCAGUGGGCCCACCUGGCUCUUCUUCUCGCCGCCAUUUUUGCACAGUAUGUGGAUUUACGGCCAAUUACACAUGUGUAAGGUGCGGGAUGCGUUUUUGUUCUUGCCGUUGUCAGAAUAUACACAAUGAUACCCGUUGUCUUAAGUUUGUAGCCUGAUCUGUGGGUUGUGCUGUUGAGUAGUACAUUGUAUUGUAGUGGUUCUCUUGAAUCUGACCAGUUAAUAUAUAAACCUUUAGUUCAAUAUAUGUUUUUUUCCUUAAAUAUUCAUUAA